GAUUUCCCCCCCCUCGAGCCCCGCUGCCGGCCCAUGGUGCCGCGGCCCCUGCUGCAGCCGCUCGUGCCCCGGCUCCGCCGCCUGCUGCCCGGCCUCGCCAUGAGCAGCGCCACCGGCUCCUUCUCCCUGCAGCAGCCCCUCAACUACCGGGGGGGAGCCCGGCUGCAGCCCGCCGACGGUGGGCAGGUCGAGGAGGUGUACGAGCCGGCCACAGGCCGAGUGAUAGCCAAGCUGCUGUGCUCCGGGGAGAAGGAGGUGGACCUGGCUGUGCAGAGCGCGAAGGCUGCCUUUAAAGUAUGGAGCCAGAUGUCCGGCAUGGAGCGGUGCCGGGUGCUGCUGGAGGCCGCCAGAAUUAUUCGGGAACAGAGAGACGAAAUUGCCACCUUGGAAACCAUCAACAAUGGGAAAUCCAUCUUUGAAGCCAGAGUGGACAUUGACAUAUCCUGGCAGUGCCUGGAGUAUUACGCAGGGCUGGCAGGAUCUCUGGCUGGUGAACACGUCCAGCUUCCUGGGGGAUCCUUUGGGUACACUCGCAGAGAGCCCCUGGGUGUGUGUGCUGGGAUCGGAGCCUGGAAUUACCCUUUCCAGAUCGCCUGCUGGAAGUCUGCCCCGGCCCUGGCUUGCGGCAACGCGAUGGUCUUCAAGCCCUCUCCCUUCACUCCCAUUUCGGUGGUGAGGCUGGCAGAGAUCUUCACCCAGGCCGGUGUGCCCAAGGGGCUCUUCAACGUGGUGCAGGGCGGGGUGGCCACAGGCCAGUUCCUCUGUCAGCACCCAGAUGUGGCCAAAAUCUCUUUCACUGGCAGCGUGCCGACUGGCGUCAAGAUCAUGGAGAUGGCAGCUAAAGGCAUCAAACCCGUCACCUUGGAGCUGGGAGGCAAAUCCCCCCUUAUCAUCUUUUCGGACUGCGCCCUGGAGAACGCUGUGAACGGAGCCCUCAUGGCCAACUUCCUCACGCAGGGCGAGGUGUGCUGCAACGGCACGCGGGUGUUUGUGGAGAGGAAGAUACUGGAUACCUUCACAAAGGAGGUGGUGAAACGCACCCAGAAGAUCAAAAUUGGAGACCCGCUUCUGGAAGACACCCGGAUGGGAGCCCUCAUCAACCGGCCCCACCUGGAUCGUGUCCAGAACUUUAUCAAGCAGGCUAAGGAGCAGGGUGCCCAGGUGCUGUGUGGUGGGGACCUUUACGUACCAGAUGACCCGAAGCUGAAGAAUGGCUUCUACAUGCGCCCCUGUGUGCUAGGGAACUGCACCGAUGACAUGACGUGCGUGAAGGAAGAGAUCUUUGGGCCCGUCAUGUCCAUCCUGCCGUUUGACACCGAGGAGGAGGUUGUGGAGAGAGCCAACAACACCAAGUUUGGCCUGGCUGGUGGCGUCUUCACCAGGGACAUCCAGAAGGCUCACAGGGUCGUGGCUGCUCUUAAUGCCGGGAUGUGCUUCAUUAACAACUACAACAUCAGCCCCGUGGAGCUGCCGUUCGGAGGAUACAAGGCGUCAGGAUUUGGCAGAGAGAACGGACGGGCGGCCAUCGAGUACUACUCGCAGCUGAAGACUGUCUGCGUGGAGAUGGGUGAUGUCGAGUCCGUUUUUUAGUGGCUCUGGGGCCAUCUGAAGGGCGCGUCAGCUCAGAAACGUGAAUCAUUUACCCAGCAAUAAAGUGCUCUGAAACUGUAA